AUGGCGCAGAUCUCUACUACCUCCGAGCACACCAUCCAGACCCUCGAGCGCAUCGGCGCGCACUCGCACGUCAAGGGUCUUGGCCUCGAUGACCAGCUCGAGCCCCGCCCCUCGUCGCAGGGCAUGGUCGGCCAGCGCGCUGCCAGAAAAGCGGCUGGUCUCAUCGUCAAGAUGGUGCAGGACGGUCGCAUCGCCGGUCGCGCUAUCCUCAUGGCGGGUCCUCCCAGCACCGGCAAGACCGCCAUCGCCAUGGGAAUGGCGCAAACCCUCGGCUCGGACGUACCCUUCACCAUGCUUUCGGCAUCCGAGGUCUUCUCGCUCGAGAUGAGCAAGACAGAAGCGCUCAUGCAGGCAUUCCGACGAUCCAUCGGUGUUCGCAUCCGAGAAGAGGCCGAGGUCGUCGAGGGUGAAGUCGUCGAGAUUCAGAUCGAUCGAUCGCUGACGGGCGCCACCAAGACGGGCAAGCUCACCAUCAAGACGACCGAUAUGGAGACCAUCUACGAGUUGGGCAACAAGAUGAUCGACUCGUUGCAGAAGGAGAAGAUCACAGCCGGCGACGUGAUCGCGAUCGACAAGGCCAGCGGGCGCAUCACCAAGCUUGGACGAAGUUUCACCCGUGCCCGCGACUACGACGCCAUGGGCAGCGAUACCAAGUUUGUCCAGUGUCCCGAAGGCGAGCUGCAAUGCAGGAAGGAUGUGGUCCACACCGUCUCCUUGCACGAGAUUGACGUGAUCAACUCGCGCACACAAGGCUUCCUGGCGCUGUUCUCGGGCGAUACGGGCGAGAUCAAGCCCGAGCUGCGCGACCAGAUCAACACCAAGGUGGGCGAGUGGAGGGAAGAGGGCAAGGCCGAGAUCGUGCCCGGUGUUCUCUUUAUCGACGAAGUGCACAUGCUCGACAUUGAGUGCUUCUCGUUCCUCAACCGGGCGCUCGAGUCGGAGCUGGCGCCGCUGGUCAUCAUGGCAUCGAAUCGCGGCAUCAGCCGCAUCCGCGGCACGCGCUUCCGCUCGCCACACGGCAUCCCCAUCGACCUCCUCGACCGCGUGCUCAUCAUCAGCACCAAGCCGUACGAGCUGGAGGACCUCAAGCAGAUCCUCACGAUUCGCGCUACCGAGGAGGAGGUGUCGCUCAAACCCGAGGCGCUAGAGGUGCUGACGCGCAUGGCAUCGGAAACAUCGCUUCGCUACGCCAUCAACCUCAUCACCACCGCCAACCUCGCCGCUAAGCGCAGAAAGGCGGAUGCGGUCGAGGUCGCCGACGUGCGCAGGGUCUACAACCUCUUUGUCGACGAGAAGCGCAGUGUUCAGUACCUCAAGGAGCACGCCGAGCAGUUUAUGAACGAGUCGGACGAGUACGGCGACAUAGAUGGGCUCGGCUCGGCUGCGCCUAUCAUCGGUCGACAAGGUGCUGCGGUUCAGGCUUGA